AUGUCGCGGUUUAGCUGCGGACCGAGGUACUACCGUAAGCCUGUUGAAUGGAUCUUCAGUAUAACACUGCAGUUGCCGGAGCGACGGCAAAGGCGCCUGAAUGGGCACGAUCGUGCAGGAAAGGUGAAGGGAAGCAUGCUCGAGGUCGAUAAUCUAUGGGAUGUCAUAAGCAACGGUACCGACCCACCAGGGGAGUAUGUGCUUGAUUGUGCUAAGGACUCUGGGACAGAUAGCUCCAUGAUGGCGCUGCAUGCCGCUCGAAAAUACUCCGGCGCCAAAGCAGCGAGUUCGGCGGAUGUGUGGUGCAGCGCCGAAACAUACAGGGUGGCUACCAGCAAAAGCGGUGUCGGGUUUUUGAAAGCUUCACUUUCUGACUGGAAAUGA